UCCGUAACAGCGUUACCGAUGCCCAGACCUCGACAGUGGAAAUUAGUUUGGCCCGAGUCCUUCGCAAUGAGAACAGUCGGAUUUACAAUACACAGCUGCAGGAAGCAGAUGCUUAUGCGAAACUUUUCGGCAACAAUUUGCAGAGUCCUGAACAGUAGUCGAAUCGAUCCUAAGCUUACAGCAGACUGCUGGAUUUGUAGAAGAGUUUCCGUGUGCCAAGUUUAGAUCGAGCUGCUUUCCAAAAUACUUUCAAAGCUCCCUGACGAUAUUUCGACUGUUGAGUCCCAUAAAUUGGCUCCUUGGGCUACAGUUCAGUUUAUCUUGUCUGCGUCACCCCCCCUUCGCCAUCUACUUUGAACCCUUCAUCAGAAGCUUGAUGAAAAUGGCUCGUGUCAUGUUCGCCGCCGUUGUUACCCUGGCCUUACUGGUCGCUGCCCAGGCUUCGGACCCCGAGCUGACUUCCGACUUCUUCGUCGCGCCCGGCGUCGACAAGGCCACCCUCACAGGCGAUUACUUCACAUCCCAGGUGUUCCGCGACGGAGUCAACGUCGUCGCACCCGCCAAGAUUGGAGUGAAGAGGAUCACUUCCGACAGCUUUACCGUGCUCACUGGGUUGGGAGUUUCGUCCGCCAUGAUCAAGUACCUUCCAGGCGGGAUCAACCCUCACCACACCCACCCCAGAGGUACCGAAGUGCUCCUUGUUCUGGAGGGUGAGCUCAGCGUGGGACUCGUCGACACCACCAACAAGCUCUUCACCAAGACCCUCUACCAGGGCGACGUGUUCGUUUUCCCGAAGGGUUUGGUGCACUACCAGAUCAAUAUGAGCAGCAGGCCAGCGUGCGUAUACGUGGCCUUCAGCAGCUCCAACCCUGGCACUGUGUCCAUCCCUGUCACCUUGUUCGGAAGUGGCAUCCCUGACAAUGUGCACACUGCGGCGUUCAAGGUCAAUAACCAAGUGGUGGACAAACUUCAGGCCCCUUUCAACAAGUAAAGGAUGUCCAGAUUAGAGUUACGUAUGCAUUCAAUCGGUAGUUGUAAUUGAUGGUCUGGUCUUAGAGGAACCGACUGGUCUUCCAAAAGUAGCUGGAAGAGUUGAUUUUAAUAAUCUGAGGCAGUGAACACGGCUGGGCAGAUUGCUGUUCUGGCAAUCACGAGUGAUGACCAGUCUACUUCACGCUUCACCUGCCAUCACUGUGAAUUCUGGUUCUGACUAGGAGAAGCAAAGCAAGCUGAACCAUAUGGUGGACAUUUUUGUCCGAUUUGUGGGUGAGCAUUCAUUGUUGGGAUGGAAGUUGGGCAUACUUGAACCAGGUUUUUGGAAUUCAACGAA